GAGGAAGAACCACUCUAUGUGAACGCUAAACAAUAUCAUCGCAUCUUGAAGCGCCGUGCAGCCCGUGCAAAGUUAGAGGAAAUGAACCGUAUGGCCAAAAUACGCAAACCAUAUCUACAUGAAUCCCGUCAUAAACAUGCUAUGCGUCGACCAAGAGGCCCAGGUGGUCGUUUUCUUACAUCCCAAGAGAUCGCC